AUGUCUAACGUAGAUGUACCACAUGAUGAGGGAGUUCUGAGUCCCUUGUUAAAGUAUGAUCCUCCCGUUACAGUGGUUACGCACUCCCAUUUCACCUACAAAGAAGAAGAUGAAAAGGCCCUCUUGGAGGCAUUCCGCGAAAAUGGGAUCGCCAUGGCUGAGAAAGACAAACACCUAACGCGGCGAAAGGAUCUGCUCUCCAUUCCCGCCGCUAGGCUGGCGGCCGCAAAGCACAUCGCGCAGGAGUACACUCUCGCUACUCAGAAAACGUUGGCCGCGGUGGAAGAGUCCCCCCCUAUCGCCGGCCGUCGCUAUGUAGCAUCCGAUAGGGUUGGCAUCCGAUCCCAGAAAGGGCGGAGGCGGAAUCAUGAGGACAAAGGUGCUACGACGAUCCUUAGUUGUCCUCAAGCGCUCACCGCAUGUGAUUCCGCUGAUGCGACGAUGCGAAGAACGUCCACUACCACGGCGGCGCCGCUAGACAUUGAUCCGUCUUAUUUCGCCAACACCUCCUCUUUGUCGCUUGCGACGCAGGGCGUCACCACGAUAGACAAUGUGCUCCCGCUCCUCAUGCGCAGCGACCCUCGCGACGGGGUGAGCAUCCUGCGCGUGAUCUUCCCGCCGCGUGUGGAAAACCCCGCGUUGUUGACAAACGGGGCUCCACGUCCGGCGAAAACAAAAGAGGAUCCCACCGAGGAUCAGUCAACCGCGGGCGCGGAGGCGGAGGGUGAGAUCACACUACGGCACGUCUCCACGACCCCUGCCAGCCGGAGCGACGUCACGGAGCUCCACGAGGCCCUCUGCGCGCGGCUACAACAACGCCAGACAAGUCCUGUAGGGAUCUGCCACAUUCGCCGAGAGGUAUACGACGACGUGUUCUGUGAGUUGAUUCGGCAAAUCAUGCUGGAGGACGCCGCGCGAGGGGUUCUGCUCAAGCGCGUCAAAGACGAAGCGGACCACACGAUCGAGGUGCACAAGAAGCUCGUAGAGCGCGCGCAUUGCUUUUCCUCACGGAAAGAGAUAGAAUGCCGUCAAGCCACCGUUCAGCCUCUGCUAGAUCGCGUGGAGGUCCUCAGAAAGGAAAUUCGGGAACUUAAGAUUAAAAAGCAUGACCGAUUAAAGAUGUGUGAUAGUGUCGGAAAGAAAAUCGAUGAGGGGCGUACGUCGUUAGAGAAAGCCCAGAAGCAGGAGCUGGCGUAUUGGCGCAAGGUGAAUCAGCAGUUGUCGAUAAAGCUAAAAUCGGAGACCGAGCGCAUCUCCAACGGAUCCCCGGCCACCGUGAACAAAUCCCCUUCACCAGAUAAAAUACAGAAUCAAAUUCAAAAUCUCUCAGGGAGGAAUGCUGUGUAG